CAGCUCUCUAGACCUGUAAAGUACGGCUGAAGAACCGAUCCCAUGCUGACAUAGGUCUUCGAUGCCACUCUGCUCCGUCCUUCUGCCUGCAAUGCCAAUUCGCCGAGAUACCCUGGACGAGACAAGGAACACAGGGUGUCAAAACAUUGGGGGCUUGGUUUGAACCACCUUCCGAUCUUGCACAUGGGUCCUCCCGCUCCCUUCCUCCACGCUUUGGAACUCCAUUUUUCGCUCGUUACAAUCAUGUUUAUUCGACUUCUCGCGCUCGCUUAUAGCUUGUUAUAACGCUUGAGUACGGCUAGGACAUUAUACAGAGUAUAUGGACUCGGAAUCAUCAUGUUGGUGAAAAGGGCCGCUGUCGGCGCAGCCCUAGGUUGUCCUGCCCUCACAGUAUUGGCACAAGGUAUUGCACCCACAGAUGGAAAUCGAAACGCGACAGCACCCGCACCCACGUCAACGGACCUCCCUUGCGAAAACCGCUGCUCUGUUCAGUACCCGGCCCUCACAGCCAUACAAUGGAUUCCCGCGUCCCAGAUCAUAUACACAACCACGAUUGUUGUAGCGACAGUGUCUGUCAUAUACACGACCCUGGAAGAUACUACGUAUCCUCCGUAUACUGAAACGUUAUACAACCCAGUCGGCCCCGAUUACAAUCUAUACAGCUUGGGGCCCAAUGAGCAGGGCACUGUCAUAUUGACCGCUUCCGUGGGAGAGUCGGAAGGAUACACAACUUGGGCGACAUUGACUUACCCAACUCCAUACAUUGAUUACUGGAAAGAAUUGCAUUGGGAGGGUGUACUUCAGACGCAGGACAAGGCAUCGAAUUUCGUCUGCGCCACCGCGACUCCCAGCCCCGCGAACGCGCCGCUCAACGACCAUCCUGAGUACCCGCAGCCUAAGGAAGUAUUUCCAGGCAAAUUCGAUCCACUCGGAACAGAGCAUGUGCCUCUAUGGGCCCCAGUCAAAGAUGAACCCGACGCGCGUUUCUUCCGUGCCGCAUUUCCCUUUCAGUCGGCUUUUUCUUUUUGCGAAUCCGUCCCCGUAGCAGUCCCUCUUCCUACAGAAUACUCGGCUCCCAAGUACGAAACCGUUACCACCACAGUGUACACGACAUCGACUAGCCCACCCGGAAUUGUCAUCAUCCAGCCUACAGCAACAGGUUGGGACAGAGAACCUUCUAGGCGCCCCCUUCCUCCAGCCGCCGCCCACCUGGAAAGCAGCGCCAACGGCUUUGGAGAUGCUUCGACUAUAACCAAAACACCGCCCAGAGUGACGUCUCCGGCCGCCCAAAUAGAGCGCACAACUACUGGAUUCGGCGAUGGGCCUCCGGAGGGACCGCAGGCACAGCAAUCUGCCAGCCCCAAUAAUGGUGGUAGCAUUGGGGCGCCUGGUACACCGAACGGUGCUCUUCAAGGCGACCAGCAAGAUUGGCCUGCGCCAUCGCCCGUGUUCACGUACGUUCCUACCGUGAUCGACGGUCGGACAACAUCGGUGCCAGCGUACAUCAUGCCGGGAUCCUCUUCCACAGCAACCAUAGGGCAGACGGUUGCUGUCAACGGCGAGACCACAGUUCUGGAAAUACCCAGCGCGAUCUUCACGAGUGUACCGGUGAGAAUCGGUCCAGCACCAACGUCUAGUCCGGCAUACAUCAUCAGUGGCUCUAUCACUGCGACGAUAGGACAGACUGUCACAAUUGGUGGUACGACGACCGUUCUAAGUAUCCCGACCGACUCCGGGGGAAAUGAUGGCCGUGUUGGUAGGCCGGAAGAGACAGGCCGUCAGAGUCAUUCUCCGGGAAUGGCAGCGUCAUGUGUGCGAACACCGUGGCGGACUUUAAUCGCACUAGUCUUCGCUAUCAUAUUGUGGGCUUAGGGAAAGGCAGUCAGGAUGAUUUGCGGAGGGUAUCUUUCAGGAAUAUGGAUGGGUUUGGUAACGGAGUCUCUAAGGGACGGGUGUAUACUGGAAGUUACUAGGACGCGUAAUGCUAAUCUAUGGAAUGGCUCUAUUUUUCUUGUAUAUCUGAUCUCAAGAGGUAUGUUGGCGGAACAAGAACAACGCAGGCAUGGGAAGCGCAUUUCUUUAUCCUAGCGUAUUCGGCACGCGCUGCGCGUUCAAAGACGAGGAGCAUACCUUCGGGUAAUCGACGCCAUGGUAAAUCUUGAAUCGCAAAUAGAGACCUGAUAGAAUUCAUAUGCUCUCAAGAGAUGCGCCGCAUACUACCAUAGUACAUCAACAUCUCGCCGGGCAGCUUAAUCC